UCAGUUACGUUUUGCAACUGUGCGUGGAGAAACAAUUCGAAGGCCAUCUGCAGAGUCCAAAGUCACUCAAGUCAGUCAGUCGAGUCGAGAGUCGUCGGGUAAUCGAAAGUGCGUUCGCGAACGUCCCCUUCGAAGUGCAAAUCAAUCAAAGUUGUGUAAAAGAAUUGUGUGAAACCGAGUGAUUAUUCAAGUGAUCUGGGAAUAAAUCGUUGCUGGCGAACCGCCUGAUAAACUCGAAUUUGCGAGUUGCACUAAAACGGCCACAUCCAGCGUGGAAGUGAACAAUUAAGGAUUUUUUCUUCCCUUGGAGCAGAGUUCAGCAAACGGCCUCAAAACGGAGCACAUAACGAAAAUGAUGGAUUUCAGCGGCGGCGCCUAUGGAGGCGGCAAAGCUGGCGGUGCAUUCGACCCCAUCGGGUUUGUGAUGCGACCGACCGUGAUCCUGCGGGCAGUCUGUUGGCUCUUCGCCAUCAUCGUGUUCGGUUGCGUGUCGUCCGAGGGCUGGCGGGAAGAGAACGGCAAAGAAUACUGCAUCAUCAAUCGGGAUGCCAACGCGUGCAACUAUGCCGUCGGAAUCGGUGUGAUCGCCUUCCUGGCCUCGAUGGGUUUCAUCGCGGGCGAGUACCUAUUCGAGCAGAUGUCCUCGGUUAAGACACGGAAACACUACGUUCUCGGCGAUUUGGCAUUCUCAGCUCUGUGGACGUUCCUUUACUUCGUGGGAUUCUGCUAUCUGACAAACGCGUGGGGUAAGGCGGAAGACCCACCCAAUGGCGAAGGAGUGAACAACGUGCAGGCUUCCAUUGUUUUCUCGUUCUUCUCGAUCUUCACCUGGGCCGGUUGCGCUUACUUCGCGUUCCUUCGCUUCAAGGCCGGCGUCGACCCGUCGUUCCAGUCGACGUACGAGUCAGACCCGAAUGCGGCGACCCAAUACUCGGCGUACCCGGUGGGAGGCGCUGGUGGCGAGAGCGACCAGUUCCAGCACCAACCGUUCGGUGGCGGUCAACAGCAGCCACACCCACCUCGUGGUGAUUUUAAUCCAGCUUACUAA